AUGUCCUUCAUCCGUAUAAAAUUUUGCAUGGUCGUUCUUUUAGGAACCUGAAAACUGGUUCAUGGUCACCCCUCUGGUUGGAUCGACGCUCAUGCAACUUUCUAUGGAGAUGAAACUGCUUCAGAGACCAUGGGAGGAGCGUGCGGAUAUGGAAACCUGUUCAGCAACGGAUAUGGAACCGAUACUGCAGCGCUUAGCUCUGUCCUGUACCAAGACGGCCUCGGAUGCGGGCAAUGCUACGAAAUAAGAUGCAAUGGUGCACCAGCAUGCUACCAGAAAUCCAUUAUAGUCACCGCCACAAACCUCUGCCCACCGAACUGGGCUGAGCCUUCCGACAACGGAGGGUGGUGCAACCCGCCACGCCAACACUUCGACUUGGCCAAGCCAGCCUUCAUGCAGAUCGCCGAGUGGCAUGCCGGCAUUGUUCCAGUUCAAUACCGUAGGGUUGCAUGUACCCCAAAGGGUGGGAUCAGGUUCACGUUGCAGGGCAACGCAUACUGGCUGCUGGUGUACAUAAUGAACAUGGGUGGAGGGGGAGACAUCUUGGAAGUGGCUGUCAUGGGCAGCGAAACCGGUUGGAUAACAAUGUCCCACAAUUGGGGCGCCACAUACCAGGCUUUCUCCGCACUCGGAGGCCAAACCCUGUCUUUCAGGAUCACAUGCCGCUCUACCAAGCAGACCCUCAUUUUGAACAACGUUGCUCCUUCAGGCUGGCAGUUUGGAAUGACAUAUGAAGGAGAUCUCAACUUCCAUUAG